AUGAUGUAUAGAGUGGUGGAGUUAGGUUCAAAUUGCGUCGGGAAGUGGCCGAGAUUAGAGCCAGUGCGGGCCGUUCCGCGCCGCGUUCGUAAGCCCACUUAAGACUGUUUUUAAUACUAGUAUUUUUUACGCGAUCCCCGCAAGGAUUUAGCGGAUUCCCGUCGCGGAUCGUGCGCUUUGAUUUAUCGGUAUCGGUUCUGGUGUUUACGUUAGUGGGUGACGGGCGGUGCGUGGACGCGUAAUCCGCCGGCUUGCCUCAGAUUAUGACGGAUAUUAUCGGAUUUCGUGCACUAACUCUGUGAAAAUUUGAGGAACGAACCGACUAGCUACCGACGAAACCAAAACAACCGGCUCUAUCGAACAUACGGGUCAACAUCCAUGCGAUCGAUCUGAACACCGCGCGCGCGGCAGUUUCUACGACCGUACCCGACAAGCCUCACCAUUCAUCUCCGAGUGUACAAGGAGGCGCUGGCGGCUGGCAUGGAGCCGCUAAGCGAGAACAUGUGCCUCAGCGAGCUCGAGCUCCACGGGGGGCACCUCCACGAGUCGGUGGCGGCGUCCGUCGGCUCCGCCAUAUCGAGCCUCAUGGCGCCCCUACACCACGAGCCGCAGCAUACGCCCCUGCAUCACGCCCCGCCGCUCCACCACGAGCCGCUAGAGAAAUUAAAACUAUGGGCAGAAACGGGCGAGUUUAGAGACAGCGGGCACUCGUCGCUAACUUCAGGCGGCUCGGGGGUGGACCAGUCGUUGUACGCUCCUCCUCGACCGAGAAGAGAUCGGAAACUUGCUGACGAUAGUGAGUAUUAUAAAGAUCGACCACUAACCGAAGCCACCAUCAAGACGGAGUCCACGACGCCGGGAGUCGGCCCCGACGAGCCGUCCCUCGACGACAAGGGCGACAAGAAGAACAAGCGCCAGCGCCGCCAGAGGACACACUUCACCAGCCAACAGCUGCAGGAGCUGGAGGCCACCUUCGCCAGGAACCGCUACCCAGACAUGUCCACGCGCGAGGAGAUCGCCAUGUGGACGAAUCUCACGGAAGCGAGAGUUAGGGUUUGGUUCAAAAAUCGGCGGGCGAAGUGGCGGAAACGCGAGCGGAACGCGAUGAACGCCGCGGCCGCCGCCGCCGCCGACUUCAAGAACGGCUUCAGCACCCAGUUCAACGGUCUGAUGCAGCCGUUCCCCGACACGGACGCACUGUACUCGUCGUACCCCUACAACAACUGGGCGGCGAAGGUGCCGAGCCCGCUGGGGACGAAGAGCUUUCCGUGGCCCGUCAACCCCCUCGGCUCCGUAGUGCCGGCCAGCCACCACCAGGGCUCCGUGAACUGCUUCAACACGGCGACGUCGAUGGGCGGCGUCGGCGGCGGUGGCAUGGGCGGCGUGGGCGGCUCCGGGAGCGUCGGCGGCGGCGUGGCGCCCUGCCCGUACACCGCGCCGCCCAACCCGUACAGCAUGUACCGCGCGGAGCCCUGCCCGGCCAUGUCCUCGUCGAUAGCGUCGCUGCGGCUGAAGGCGAAGCAGCACUCGUCGAGUUUCGGCGGCGGGUACGGCGGCGUGUCGCCGGUGUCGCGCGCGGGCUCGGCGCCGCUGUCGGCGUGCCAGUACGCGGCGGGCGGGGUGGGCGUGGCAGACCGCGUGCUCUGA